AUGGCGGGCAUGGAAGAGCUCGAGAUUCACAGCAAGUCCUACCUCGUGCGCUGGGUGAAGGUCCAGGGCGGCCAUACCAUCUCGUGGAGUCUGCAGCCUCACAAGAAAUCCCUCAAUUUUGGCAUCUUUAAGCACCUUGGCCAGCCGGCUCCCUCUGCCUCGUCAGCUCUCAACGCCGACUCCAACAGCGCCGAGUCGUCCGCCGACAAUGCACAAGCAUCCGCCGUGAUCGAAAAGCUCCGCAGCGCCGGCCUGAAACCCACACAGUGGGUGGGAAAAUGCGAAGCCGACAAGAUCUCGCAGGGUAUCUUUGACGUCCCGCUGCAUGACGGCGGGAAUUACGCGCUGGUGUUCGAUAAUACUUUCUCCAAGACGACCGGCAAGAUGGCCACCUUCGUUCUCAUGACAUACCCAACAGCUACGCCGCCGCAAUCCGUCCAUCAAGUCCACCCUCCACACGCCUUAGCCACUGUCAGCAACAUCGGAGGCUCCGGCAAGCGUGCAUCGCCGAAGCUGGGACCUACAAAUAACUCGAGCACCUCCAUUGACAACCCGCGCACCGCCAGAGGAGGACGUUCCGUGUCCGGCGCUAAGUCGAUCAAGCGCCUCAACAGUGCUUCUUCCGCCAACAGCGCCGCAACACAGGUGCAUACGGGCAUACUGCAAAAGAGGCGUCGAAAGCGACACCAGGGCUGGGCUCGUCGGUUCUUUUCGCUCGACUACACGUCCUCCACACUUUCCUAUUAUCACGACCGGAACUCCUCGGCGCUCCGCGGGGCUAUUCCGCUCAACCUGGCGGCUGUCGCGGCCAAUGAUGCUACACGAGAAAUAUCCAUCGAUUCCGGAGCGGAGAUCUGGCACUUACGAGCAAAUAAUGAGCAAGACUUCGCCGCAUGGCGGACGGCGCUGGAGCGGGCUUCCAAGCAGAGCAAAGACGACAGGGUCGUGACUCCUGCAUCUCCGCUGCUACAGAUUCCUUCAAAUACCGUGUCACGCCAUCUUCCGGACCCCAACGAGGACAUUGAAUGGGAGCAAAUCGAGAGUUUGGUGAGCAAAGUCUCGGGGUCGAGAGAUGCUGUGCGGCGGCUGGCAAAGGAUACCGAUCCCAAAUAUCUCACCUCUUCCUCCGCUUCUACAGCAGCAACAGCAGCCGCCGCCGCGGGCCGCCGGCGCUCACAGAGUCUACAAGCCAGUGCAGCGGAGAGCUCUUCCGUGAACGGAGACGAAUACCCUGACUUCCAGCCAAAGCGUCCGUUCUGGAAGCGCAAACCCAGUAGCACCAACACCAACAAGCGGCAAAAUGGAGCUGUACAUUUAGCAGCGCCUAGUCCGUCGAAUGAAGCACUUACUGAAGAGCCGAAACCUAGAAGUGUAACCAGCCACACAGACCGAGACGAUGAGAUUCAUGAGAACUUAAUGGCUAUUCUUCGCGAUCUUGACUGUGUUGUUGGAGAGUUCACCAACUUAAUUGGAGAAAGCAAGCAGAGACGACAUCCGCCAAUCACUACCAUCAGUUCCCGGGUCAGCAUGGAAUCAGACGCUUCACAAGAGUUCUUUGAUGCUGAGGCGGGACCAACAUCUCCUCUUCUCACUAUUCAGCACGACUCGGAAGUCGAGGCCGAAGAUGAAGACGUAGAUGUCGAUGACGAUGCUUUAUCAUCUUGCAGUGAAGGUGAUUCGCUCCAGAAGGAAAGCUCCGCCGUGCUGUUCCCACCAAAACCCAAAUCCAUGAGCCCCUUGCCCUUGGACAGCGUGCAAAGACGAAAAACAGUCGCCGCUCCGAUCAUGCCUCCGCCCAGUCUGAUCGGGUUUCUGCGGAAGAACGUGGGCAAAGAUCUGUCUGCUGUUACGAUGCCGGUGACAGCCAACGAGCCCUUGUCACUACUGCAACGAGCUGCCGAGUGCAUGGAGUAUUCGCCUCUAUUAGAUAAAGCUGCCAGUGCAACCGACGGACUUGAGCGGUUGGUAUAUGUGACUGCAUUCGCGCUUUCAAGCUUGUCAUCAAGUCGCGUGAAAGAGCGGGCCAUUCGCAAGCCCUUCAACCCGCUUCUCGGAGAAACAUUCGAGCUUGUACGCGAAGACCGCGGCUUUCGACUACUUGUGGAGAAAGUAUCGCAUCGACCGGUGCAGCUCGCAUACCAAGCCGACAGCCGAGACUGGAGCUUAACGCAAUCGCCCAAGCCAUCGCAGAAAUUCUGGGGCAAAUCGGCCGAAAUCACCACAGACGGCAAAACGCGACUGAGUCUCCAUUCGACCGGGGACCAUUUCAGCUGGGGAAAUGCCACGUCUUUCCUACGGAACAUUAUUGCAGGCGAAAAAUACGUCGAACCGGUCGGCGAGAUGGUCGUGGUCAAUGAGACAACGGGCCAGAAAACAGUCUCGACUUUCAAAGCAGGCGGCAUGUUCUCGGGCCGAAGCGAAGAAGUCAUCGUGAAAGCGUUCGAUGUACAUGGCCACGAGCUCCCACUUGGUCUCACGGGCACAUGGACGGGCUCCUUGCAACUGACCGAGCACGGCUCACCAACAAACAAAACCAUAUGGGCAUCGGGGUCACUAGUCGAUCAAGCGGCUAAACGAUACGGAUUCCCGACAUUCGCAGCAACUCUGAAUGAAACCACGCCCAUUGAAAAGGGCAAAUUACCGCCCACCGAUUCGCGCCUCCGGCCCGAUCAGCGCGCGCUGGAGAAUAACGAACUAGAUGCCGCCGAAGAAUUGAAGGCGCAGCUAGAGGAGAAACAGCGCGAGCGUCGCCGCGAACUCGAAGAUAGUGGAGGAGUUUACAAGCCGCGCUGGUUUACGCAGGUCGUCACCAGUGGUGCGCUUAAUUCUAGCAGCGACGGAGGAGAAAUAGUCUGGAAAAUGAAGUCGGGUAAAGAUGGGUAUUGGGAGGAGCGAUCGCGAGGGGAAUGGUCGAAUGUUGUUCCUAUCUUCAAGCUGUAG